GGAUUGCAGAGGCACAUGUGUCACUCUUCAGUCUCUCGGGUGAAUAUACUUGUUAAAAAAUGUAGCCUAUUUGUUUUAUUUUGCGACAUAUCCGAUUGCAGAGAAUAAGAUCUGCGAGUCAAAUGGAAAUCUUUACCGCUAUCUGGUUACCAAAAUUCGCCACGCAGCUGCGCUGAUCAAUUUACCGUGUCCCUGAUCUCGGCGGACAGCUUCGGCUCCGUUCGGCUCUUUCCGUCUUCAUCAGUAUUCUUACCGUGUGCGCUGAAUUGAAACGAUUCUCAGGGACGGAGCCGCAAAGGAGGAGGGCAAGACUCCCGCAUCAUCUCUCCAGCACCAUCACCACCGCGGUACCGGAGCUGAUUUUACCGAGAGCCUCUGUCUUUUUCUACUUGACAGUUUUAACAUGUGUCGACUCUACAUGGUGUCCGCUGUUUUGUGAACAGUGCGCGUUUGGUGGAUGUGGUCGCGUAACGCGUGGAUAAGCUGAAACGAUGAUUUUGUCGGGUUUCCUCUUCCCCGCGUUAUGGGGACUGGCGCUCGGCGGAUCUCCAAGCGUCCAAAUCGGUGGUUUGUUUCCCAGAGGAGCAGAUCAAGAAUACAGCGCGUUUCGGAUUGGAAUGGUUCAGUUCGGCACGGCCGAAUUCCGCCUCACUCCUCACAUUGAUAACCUCGAGGUGGCCAACAGCUUCGCCAUAACAAAUUGCUUUUGCUCCCAGUUCUCCAGGGGAGUGUAUGCUAUCUUUGGCUUCUACGAUAAGAAGUCUGUGAACACCAUCACGUCAUUUUGUGAGACGCUGCACGUGUCCUUCAUCACGCCCAGUUUUCCAGCUGAUGGCCUCAACCAGUUUGUUCUACAAAUGAGACCUGAUAUCAAAGGUCCUCUCAUCAGCCUAGUGGAAUAUUACAAGUGGGAGAAGUUUGCCUAUCUAUAUGACAGCGACAGAGGUCUCUCAACCCUGCAGGCAGUGCUGGACACAGCAGCAGAGAGGAAAUGGCAGGUAACAGCCAUAAAUGUUGGGAACCUGAAGGAUGAGUGGAAAGAUGAGGCAUAUCGUUCCCUCUUUCAAGACCUCGAGAACAAGAAAGAGAGGAGAGUCAUUUUAGACUGUGAACAGGACAAGGUCAAGGACAUUAUGGAACAGGUUAUUACGAUUGGUCGACACGUGAAAGGAUAUCAUUACAUCAUUGCCAAUUUUGGUUUUGUGGAUGGAGAUUUGUCCAAGAUUCAAUAUGGAGGAGCGAAUGUAUCUGGAUUUCAGAUUGUGGAUUUUGAUGACCCUCUUGUUGCUAAAUUUGACCAGCGCUGGGAGGCGCUGGAAGAGAAGGAGUAUCCUGGAGCAGACAGCAGAAUUAGGUACACUUCUGCCCUCACAUAUGAUGCUGUUCAAGUAAUGACGGAGGCGUUCCGAUUUCUGCAUAAACAAAGAAUCGACAUCAGCCGGCGUGGCAACAACGGAGAUUGUCUGGCCAAUCCUGCGGUGCCAUGGGCACAGGGGGUGGAGAUAGAGCGUGCCCUCAAGCAGGUGCGAGUUGAUGGAUUGACAGGAAAUAUUCAGUUCGAUCAGUACGGCAGGAGGGUGAAUUACACAGUCAAUGUCAUGGAGCUGAAAAACAGUGGCCCUGUAAAGAUUGGUUACUGGAAUGAGGUGGACAAAAUGGCAGUCACAAAAUCGGACCUUUUCCCCAAUGACACCAUGGGAAUGGAGAAUAAAACUGUGGUGGUGACAACAAUCCUGGAGGCACCGUAUGUAAUGCUGAAGAAGAAUGCAGAGUUAUUCACCGACAAUGAACGUUAUGAGGGAUACUGUGUGGAUCUGGCCGCUGAGAUUGCAAAGCAUUGUGGAUUUAAGUACCAGCUGAGGAUUGUGGCAGAUGGGAAGUAUGGCGCACGAGAUGCUGAGACAAAAAUUUGGAAUGGCAUGGUUGGGGAGCUGGUGUAUGGGAAAGCAGACAUCGCUGUUGCUCCUCUAACCAUCACUCUUGUCAGGGAGGAGGUGAUCGACUUCUCAAAACCUUUCAUGAGUCUUGGCAUUUCCAUUAUGAUCAAAAAACCACAGAAAUCCAAGCCGGGCGUCUUCUCCUUUCUGGACCCAUUAGCCUAUGAGAUCUGGAUGUGCAUUGUAUUCGCCUACAUCGGAGUAAGCGUUGUGCUCUUCCUUGUUAGCCGAUUCAGUCCUUACGAGUGGCACACAGAGGAGUUUGAGGACGGGCAGCUCGGCCCUAGCGAAUCAACCAACGAAUUUGGCAUCUUUAAUAGUCUGUGGUUUUCUCUGGGCGCUUUUAUGCAGCAGGGAUGCGAUAUUUCACCAAGGUCUCUGUCUGGCCGUAUAGUUGGUGGUGUAUGGUGGUUUUUCACCCUCAUCAUCAUUUCCUCUUACACGGCCAAUCUGGCUGCCUUCCUCACUGUGGAGAGGAUGGUGUCACCUAUUGAGAGCGCUGAAGAUCUCGCCAAACAGACUGAAAUCGCCUAUGGGACACUGGAUGCAGGCUCCACCAAAGAGUUCUUUAGGAGAUCCAAGAUCGCUCUCUUUGACAAGAUGUGGCAGUACAUGAAGAGCGCCGAGCCGUCUGUGUUCGUUAAAAACACGGUGGAAGGCGUUUUGCGAGUUCGCAAGUCCAAAGGCAAAUAUGCUUACCUUCUGGAGUCCACCAUGAACGAGUACAUCGAGCAGCGCAAGCCUUGCGACACCAUGAAGGUUGGAGGGAACCUUGACUCUAAAGGCUACGGCAUCGCUACACCCAAGGGAUCUGCUUUAAGAAACGCGGUAAACCUUGCAGUGCUAAAACUGAACGAGCAGGGGCUUCUGGAUAAAUUGAAAAACAAAUGGUGGUACGACAAAGGAGAGUGCGGCAGCGGAGGCGGGGAGUCAAAGGAGAAGACUAGUGCCCUCAGCCUGAGUAACGUUGCGGGCGUCUUCUACAUCUUGGUUGGCGGUCUUGGUCUGGCUAUGCUGGUCGCUCUGGUGGAGUUCUGCUACAAGUCUCGGGCGGAGGCCAAGCGCAUGAAGGUUGCCAAGACUCAGGCUCUAAAUCCCCCCUCUUCCUCGCAGAAUUCUCAGAAUUUUGCUACUUAUAAGGAAGGGUACAACAUGACGUUCACAGAUGCUAUGCGCAGUAAGGCCAGGUUGUCUAUAACGGGCAAUACAGGGGAGAACGGACGAGUGCUGACUCCAGACUUCUCUAAAGCCGUCCAUGCUGUGCCGUACCUGAGACCUGGCAUGGCAAUGCCUCUGAGUGUGAGCGAGCUGUCCUGAGUGCCUUACACAAACACACAGUACACACACAUUGGUGCAAGCAUGCUGCACCUCCAUAGACACCCACACGUGUAUAUAUUACUACACAUCUACACACACCGGCAGUAUAUAUACAUAUACAUAAUAGUACUCCAUAUACAGUGCAUUACAUCUACUCACAAGAUGUCAGAUCUAUACAUGCACGUGUUAUAUUCAUGCAUAUGCACACUUUAACGGAGAUAUAUUAUGUUUACUGUUCAUCGACUUUCAGCGUUUGCAUAUGUACAAAUACAUAAAAGACAUACAGGCCAUUUCUGUGUGUACAUAUGCAGAAAACAUUCACAAAGCUUGUGUAGCCACGCUCCUUUUUACAUUUGAAGGUCAUAUGCAUACACAAUAUGAACAAUAUCACCCACAUACACUGCUUCAGUUUUCAUUCACACUGUAAAUGAUGAUCGCAAUGCUGCACUGAAGAUCAACGUUACACAUUGAAAAGAAUUCCUAUGGGAAGAACUUCACACAUGUUUCCAUGGCAACGUGUUUUUGGAAUCUCUAAUUCUCAAGAACUCAAGCACACUUGAAACAUCCGCAUCAAAUGUGAUUUUGUUUACUCAACACGGUGAUAUAUUAAAACAAAUGUUUGACUAGAAUCAUUUCUUACUAUAUGAGCUAUGUAAUAUAAAAUAUGUAUAUAAUUAUACUUUUGUUCAUUUGAUGUUAACGUCACUAUGAAAAUGCUUGAUCUAAAGAAAAAAAUGAAAUGAUUUAAGUAGCUUUGUUUUCUUCUCACUGGUUUGAUUUGUUUCAACGUGACGUAUUUUUGGAUCACUGUGUUUUGAUCCUGCUAUGGAAAAUGCAAGCAGUAGUUUUAUAAUUCUGUCCUUUAAUCAAAAAAAGUUGACUAUUUUACCUUCUGCAUUUCACAACUUAUAUUGAAAGUGUUAUAUUGAUCGAGAUGGAUUUGUACGUGAAAAUAUGAAUAUAUAAGAAUAUCCCAAAAUGCCAAAUAUUGAUGUGUGCCAAAAUAUGUAGAGGCAUUUCAGAUGCAUUUGUUUAUAUUGUGAGACUGUAUGGAGAAAUGUAAAGACACCCUAAACUCAAGGGUUUGUUUAUUCUCAUAUUUGUUUUUCUGAGUAAUAUCAAACACAUUUUCUUUUUUAAAUGAGGUGCACUACAAUAUGCAGUUUUAACAGUGAAACGCAUGUCGACCUUUAGUUAUCUUUGUUUUUAUAAGAGCGAUGAUUAAGAUUAGUAUAUCACUAUAAUUAGUUAACUAGGACUUUCAUUUACUAGUCCAGACUAAGAAAUGGAGACGAUUAUUAUAGAUAGAUAGAUAGGAUAUAUUGAUAAUUCUAUUGAUAAAGUAUAUGCCGAUCACCCUUUUCUAUGCCAUGCUGUGUAACUGAAAUAUUGUUCAUUAGUUUUAUAUGUAUAUGUAUUCUACAUGUAAAUAGUACCCAUUCAUGUGUAUAACUUAAAUCUUGGAUGGUACACUAGUACACACACAAACGCACACAAGAGGAUUCCCCAUAUUGUGCAUUUGAGAGUUUGGAAGCAUAUUCAAGUUUUCGGUGCAAAACUUGAGCGUAUUACCAAGCUAUCUCUCGCGUACAGACACCGUGACGGACUCAUCGCAAGCAUCAGUUCAGUCGGAAAGUCUACCAUGGGAUAAAAUGGAGGACAUUUUUCUAAAUGGAAUGUGGACCGAUUGCUUUAUUUUUUGGAAAUUUUUGGAAUAAACAGAGACUGAGAAUCCUC